AUAUAACCUAUCGCCCUCUCUGUCUCUCUUUCUAUCGCAUUGUAUUAACAUUAUGAUUGGUUAAUAUCUUCAUAUGUUAACAAUAGAUUGCCUGUACUCUUCUUUAGUAUUUCAACAGUAACAAGCUCAUGAGAACAGAUAAACCUAUGUAUGUGUGUAUUUAUGUGCUGAUAAUCUCUGUAAUAGAGUGUUUUUCUUUUCUUUAACUGAAUACUCACUCUAUUACAACUACAACCCACUGUCAUCAGUAAAAAAUAACAUAAAUCAUGCAAAUGUGAUAGGCGGAGUUUAGGAUUCUGUAGAAAACUGGGUAUUUCUCUUUUUUCCUUUAUUUCUUCUUCAUUACAUUAAAACAUGACAUUAAUUUACGGCUAUGAAAUGGACUCUAUUCCAGGGCAAGUUGGUCAUGUCAUUUCACCACCCCUAUUAUCAACAAAGAUCACUCUUUCAAGUGCCGGAAAUACUACCCGAUGGAUAUUUUUUGGAAAACGCCAGGAAAUUAUUGAUUGGAUUAGAGAACAUUCGGAUAUCAUAAUAGAGAAUACACUUUUUGUUGGUGAAAGCAGUGGACAUACACAUACAGAAAUAGUCAUUGAUCUUCAGCAAGUGAAUGAUAGCGAACAGAGUUACUAUGACUACAUAAAGUCAUUUUUUGUAAACAUUUAUGAUGUAGAACGAGUAAAAGUAGAGAUUAGACCUAGAGUAGAGUCUAAGGAUAAUAUGAUCACAUGCUUAAACAGAGUUAUCGUCGCUAGUGGAACAAGGCUAGGUGAUAUUGUCGAUGACCUUCAAACCGAAUGGUUUAAGCCUGCAGAGAGCUAUGUUCAACAAGCGGCUCAUCUUUUAAAUGAUGAACCUACACCAAGUCAUGUUCUCAGUGCUAAACCCCCAUCGUCAAUUCAGAUUACAAAUGAGGGCCAUUAAUAAUAUAAUGGACCAGAUGAGUCUAUAUUUUACUGUAUAAAGUUAAAAUAAACAUUCGCAACUAUUUAAUCAAAAGUGAUCCUCUUGUAAGCGCUUGAGCAACUGAUCCCUUAAUGGCACUACUACAUUUACAAGCUACUAGUAAAAAUCAUUAUCUCAAAAGGGAAACCGUGUUCAUUAC